AUGACUUCUGUCAAUACGCCCGAGGAGCAGGCCAUCGCCUUCCUUCUGACCUGUGUGGAGAAUUCCCAGAAGGGAAAGAUCAAUUGGGAUAACGUCUCACUCGAUAUUGGCGUCAAUAUGAGCCCUGAAGCGGCCAGGAAAUACUACUUCAGCAUUGUGAAAAAUGCCAAAGAGUUUGACCGCUCUGACAAGUAUCCCGAAGUCCCCGGAGAUCCUUCCUGGCAGUCCGUCACCGCCGAGGAUAUUGGCCCCAUCGUCAUUGUCGAAGAUUCGAAUGAUACCAUCAGCUAG